UACUAGUCUGCUAGUCAAGUGGAAUAUUUGACUACCGUAUAUCAUGCCUUCAGGAGUUAUUUUUAUAGUCUGCAUACCUUCCAGCAAUUACGAACACAUUAUAAAGUUUGGUAAACCGAAAGAUAUUGUUUCAAUAGAUGAUUCUUCAUACAAACAAUGUCGACUACAAGUUGAGUUAAGGAAUAAGAAAUGUCGAAGUAUACCAAUACAUUUGACUCAAAAUUAUUAUAAUGAAGGAUUUGGUUCAUCAUUAGAAUAUAUAACAGAGGAUGAUGAAAACAUAACAAUGGAAAGCAUUCUCCAAGAACUUCUAAAAAAUAUGCGUGUCGAACAUGCAGUGUGGAUAAGUGACAAGAUGGAGAAUUACUUUCAAGUUACAUUCCCUUUGCCGACUGGAGAUGCGUGCGAGACAAUGUUGCAUUGUCUCACUAAACUAGGUAUUGGAGUGAGAUGCAAGUCAAUCGUCAAUGUACUGCCAUGCAAUGUAGUGCAUUCUGCAGUUAAUGAAGAAGACCAAGAUAAUGAGGCUCUAUUACGUAAAAAUGAAGAGGCGAAGCGAUGGCGCAACUUCGUGGAGUCGAUUCGGUCAAAAUUAACGGUGAAACAAGUUGUAGAUGGAGUGCGCGGGGGAGGAGAGCUGUCUUUCGAUUACCUUACAUUAAUUGUAACAGCUGAUUCUCUUGCAGCGCUCGGUCUGGUGGAAAACAAUGCUUCUAACAUAGUGGCAGCGAUGUUGGUAUCACCUCUCAUGGGUCCUGUUAUGUCCAUCACCUUUGGCACCAUCAUUGCUGACCGGAGUCUCGUGAGAAGCGGCUUCGAGAGUUUAGUACUCGGAAUGCUCGUGUCUUUACUGUUCGGAUUUAUAUUCGGACUAAUUCUUGGGACAACUGCAAUGCCCUGGGGAUUCGGAGACUGGCCUACUGAAGAAAUGAAGUCACGUGGUAACGUGAGAUCUCUUUGGAUGGGUGUUCUUUGGGCACUGACGUCGGGGACAGGUGUAGCGUUAGCCCUGCUGCAAGGUAGUGCUGGACCACUCAUCGGCAUCGCUAUAUCUGCUUCUCUUUUGCCGCCAGUUGUUAAUUGCGGCUUGUUCUGGGCACUGGCAUGUAUAUGGUUAUUAUAUCCAAACACGAAAAUACCCCACAUAAAGGGGGAGCCGUAUUACGGCAAUUCAUCAUACGUGCCGCUUUAUCACGACUACAUUCCUAUAGAAUUUGCUGUUAAUGGAAUUGUCAGCUGCUGUCUAACUAUCGUGAAUGUUAUAUGCAUAUUCAUAACAGCUAUUAUGUUUCUGAAGAUCAAAGAGGUUGCAGCUCCUUACACGUCUACCCCAGAUCUGCGACGUUUCUGGCAGCAAGAUAUAAAAAUAGCACGCGAUGCUAACAAAGCUAAUCUACAAGCCGAAGACGAAGAACGUGUCGAGUUGGUUCUAGAAGACCUCAAUGAGACUGCCGAUGCUAACGUCAAAGAGAAACUCGAAGAAGCGGUAAGAGAAGCUUUGGACGAUGACACUUAUAGGAAAGUUAAACGCAUGAGCUAUCAAAGUCAUAAUGCUGAUGAGGUGUUUCGAACUAUUGGUCUUCAAUCACGAACUGGCUCUGUACGAUCGAGUAUGAUAAAUUCCGGUAUGAGUACGCCAUUGCAAACGAUACGGGAAAGUGGUAAUGCAAACGACAUUGAGGCAUUAGACAAAUUACUUUCAUCUCUUCUCGGUCUCAGAGAAAACAGAGCACGAUCAUUUCGUUCAAACCACGGAACACCAACUAUUAGCAGAGUAUCUUCAUUCUUGAACAAACGAGGCACUCGGGAAUCCUUUCCAGAAAGAAUAUUCCAAGAUAACAUUGUACGUAAUGUAAUCAAUAAUAUAAAAUCUAAAAGGAGUUCUCCAGUUGAGGAACCUUUUUUAACACCAAACUGAU